CAGUCCCAUAUCCUCCACUUUCAGACAAACUCCUCCCUAAAAUCCCAUAACCAUAAACAAAGCGCCCAGAAAUAUUCCGACGCCAUCAUCAUCAUCAUCAUCAUCAUCAUCAUCUUCAACAAUGGCUUCUGAAAAUCGGCAACCGCCAUCUCCAUCGCCAAACAUUCCUUCAUUUUCUUCUUCACUCUUCAAAGACAUCUCCAAUUUUAAAACCCCUAAACCCAAAACUUCUUCUUCUAGAACAUUCCAAGCCACCACUACCACUACUCCUAGAUUCUUCACUGCAUCCAAGCAAAUGCACACUCCUUCGUCUUCUAUCUCCUCCACCGCGCGCCGCCGUCGCCGGCCGUCAUCCCCUGCGUCUAAGAAGCACCGGCAAUUCGAGCUCGAAAUGACGAAAUCGUCUCGUAAGGAGGAAGUUAGGAAGGAGAGAUCGAUGAAAUCUCUAGCGAAGUCGCUCACAGCUUGGCUCAAUUUCCUGUUUGAAAACCCUAGGUCUUGCGGUUGUGGCGACGGUGGUGGAGGCGAUAGCGGAGGCGGAGGAAGAGGAGAAGGAGGGAGGAAAGUAGGGAAGAGGGAGAAUGUGUUUGGAGGAGGUAGUGGUGGUGGUGUUGACGGUGGUUGGAGGUUGCCGAAGAGGCAGAGGGAAGAAGGGGGAGGGUUUAUGCAGGAAGAGAGGGUUUCAAGUUCGAAGAAGAGGUUCGGGUUUUUGUGGAAGUCGUUGCAAGAGGUUUGUAGUUUUGAUGAUUUGGAGGUGAGGAUGAGGGAGUAUUUGAGUUUGGAGGGUUGUAUGGAGGUUUUUACUGCAAUGUCUAAUGUUGCUAAGAACAUUGAUGAAGGAAGGCUUAAAAUGAAGGCACACUGUCCAAUAGUCACUGAUGUUGGGAUGAGGGAGAAAGCAAUCAAAGUUCUUAUGUGCUAUAAUCCAGUUUGGCUCCAGAUUGGGUUAUACAUUAUCUUUGGCGGUGACUCUUUGUUGCCAAAGGAAGAUUCCAGUAGAGAAGAAGAUGCUGCGUUCUUAAAGAUGGUGAUAGAGAAGCAGUUGUUCUCACAUGCGGGUCUAGCAAAAUCUUAUGCAUACAAUAAGUUGGUUGAUGGCAUAUACAGGCCUGGUUACUUUGAAACAUUAGGCAGUGUCAUAUUGAAGAGGUUUUUGUUGUUUGUUAUCAUACUUGAUAGAGGUAAAUGUCAGAGUAGUUUGCCUAUCAAGUAUGGUAUUGAUGGACUAGAUGGAGGUUCUCCUCUGUUGUUCAAUGUGAAAACUAGCAUCAAAUCAAGUCGACAGAUGAUAAACGAUUUCCUAUCAUCUGAGGUCAUGCAUGGUGAGGGAAAUCUUCUUGCACAUCUGGUGAUUGUGGGGUACAAAGUAUCAUACCAACAGAAUCCCCUCAUUGAGUAUGACUUCAGAAUUACAGAUUUGUUUGAAGAUAUUCAGGAUGGAGUGAGGCUCUGUAGAGCUAUUCAGCUCUUACAACACGACUCUUCUGUUCUAACGAAAGUUGUGCUUCCAUCAGAUAAUAAUAAGAAGAAAUUGACAAAUUGUCACACUGCACUGCAAUAUCUCAAGCAGGCAGGUGUUCCCCUAUGCGAUGAUGAUGGUACAUUGAUAGUUGGAGAGGAUGUUGCCAACGGAGACAAGGAACUUGUACUUUCCUUGUUGUGGAAUGUAUUUGUUCAUCUACAGCUACCUCGACUUAUAACGAAAAAGAUCCUGUCAGAGGAAAUUCCAAAAAUCAGUAAAGCUCAUACAGAACUCAUGGAUAUAGAUACAAUCACUCAUUUGGAUAUGCUCCUACACUGGAUGAAGGCAAUCUGUGGAAACUAUGAUGUCAAGAUGGAAAAUUUGGCUUCGUUGGUUGAUGGGAAAGCUAUGUGGUGCUUGCUAGACUUCUACUUCCGGAAGGAACUUCAUUGCUCUUGUUCAAUAAAGGACCUUAAUGAUACAAAUGAAGAAUCAAUUGUGUCAAUGCGGGAUACUACUGAUGCAGUACACAACUUUGUCUUAUCUCAGAAAUUGACGACAUUGUUGGGAAAUUUUCCUGAGGUUUUACAAAUAUGUGACAUACUUGAGCACAAUGGCGCCUGUAAUGAUAGGAGUGUGGUAAUAUUAUUGGUCUUCUUGUCCUCUCAAUUGCUUGUCAAGAAAAGUAAGGAUAAGCUAAACUUUCACAAGCUCAUGGGUUGUCAUUGCCAAAAUCCAGAGAGAAAAAGGUGGUCCAUGAGUUCUGAAGCCGCUUCUCAUAGAGAAAGGGAAAGGCCUUCUGAAGAUGGUACAAUAAAGUUUAAAGCAGUCCAAGCCUGGUGGCAAGAUAUGGCCAAACGUAAUAGUGAUGACGGUAAUCAACCAGCUGAUCUUGCUAAUCUGCCCUUCCCAGCUGACAAAUGCAACUUUGAAAGUUGGAAAGGGAAUGCUGCUGUUAUUAUACAGAGCCAUCUCAGACGAGUGGUUGAGCGCAAGAAAUAUUUGAAGAUUAAGCAAGCAGUAGAGAAAAUUCAGCUUUCUUGGAAGCAAUUCCUUGCCAGUGAGUACUGUCAGACUCGGCGCUUAGCUGCUACUAAAAUUCAAAGCUAUGUACGUGGAUGGAUGCUGAAAAGAAGGUUCCUGAAUAAAAAGCAAGCAGCUCUUAAGAUCCAAAGUGUUCUUCGAUCUCUGAGAUGUGUGCAAGAUUUUCGUGAAUAUAGAAUUGCAACAAAAUCAGCUAUCAUUGUUCAGUCUCAUGCCCGGGGUUGGAUUGCCCGUAGAGAUGCAUGUCGACAUAGAAAUUGCCUUCUUUUGGUGCAAAGUCAUUGUCGUCGUUGGUUGGCUAGGAGGGGCUUUCUUCGUCAAAAAGAUGCAGCAUUAACAAUUCAAAGUGCUUUCAGAGUUAAGAUGUGCCGGUAUGCAUUUCACCGCUAUAGGCAUGCUGCAACUGAAAUCCAACGUCUUGUCAGGGGAAAGAUUUCAAGAAAUAGACUUCUAGGUUCUUCCUCCCUUCCUGUCAUUGCUUCAAUAGGCCACAGGUCGUGCAGCUCUGAAUUAAGUAUAGUUUUAGAUGCAAUUGUGAAGCUUCAGAGAUGGUGGAAGGGAGCCUUGGAGUUUAAAUUGAGAAAAGAAGCAGCAGUUGUUAUUCAGUCUUAUAUGCGUAGAUUCAUUUGUCAGCAAAAAACACUUAAAGAGAGACAUCAUGCCAUUACUAUCCAAGCACAUUGGAAGGGCUACCUCGCAAGGAAACAUGCAAAAGAACAACUUGUUGAUCUGCGACUGAGAAUACAGAAGUCUGCUGCUACCGUGGAGGAUAGAAUGCGUAUUAUGAAUAGACUUGUAGCAGCACUGAAGGAGCUAAAAAGCAUGAAAAAUGUCAGCGGCAUUCUUCAUAAUUGUGCAACUCUGAAUAUUGCAACUACACAUUCUCAGAAAUGUUGUGAGAGGCUUGUAGAUGAAGGGGCAGUCGAAAUUCUGUUGUACCAGAUAACUGCUGUCACCAGAAGCAUACCAGAUCAGGAAGUUAUGAAACACUGCUUAUCUACUCUCAGAAACCUUUCUAAAUAUGCAGAUUUAGCUGAUGCACUCAUUGCCCAUCGAGGAUCCAUUGAAACCAUCCUUCGAGAGUUUUUAAGGAACAAGGAAGAGGGCUAUUUCAUUGCCUGUGAGCUGCUGAAGAAGCUUUGUACACGUCCAGCAGGUAUAGAAGCAAUGCGCGGUUUGUGCCCUAUGUUGAAGAGACUCCAAGCCCUUGUUGAGGAUCUUACCAGAAAAGCCAACAAUGAGAAGAGGAAUCAUCGUGGUGUGGCUGUAGAGCGAAGAUUAAGAGAGGCCAUUGAACUUCAGAACUCGAUUUCAUGUGGGUUGAACAGGUUGAAAUGAUGAACUAGUUUUAGAAUCCAUAACAGCCAACUGCAGUUGUAGAACUUAUUGUAGGAUAGCACUUAAUCUCUCUUCUAGAUUCUACUAAUCUAUCUGAUUCUGCACUGUUUUGCUGAAUACGACCCCAAUUAACACGAGUUUAUUAGUGUUAAUCUCAUGUUUCAGGAAAUCUGAAGUCCUAUUAUGAUUGAUAUUGGCACUCUUGUCAGCAUAUAUGUAUCAUAAUAGCCUCUUAGCUUUGUUUGAACUUUGAUUUGAACUAGUGGGAGUUUCUUAAUCUGCCAA